AUGGUUACCACCACAGCGCCGCCACCCUUCCUGGCCCGGCUCCCGGCAGGCACCGAGGACUCCCGGCGGCUACCCCCCAGCCUCUUCCAGCGCCUCAUGCGGGGGGACAACAGCUGCGAGAACCAGCCCAGCUGCUGCCUGGCGGGGACGGGGGGCAGCGCGCGGCCGGCGCUGAAGCGAGUGAGGCGAAGAAAGGGAAAGAUCCGGCCCAGCCCUUCGGGGCUGCUACCGAGCCGCUACCAGCAGUACCAACAACACCGCGCUGGCCUGGGCAGAAAGGCCCCGCUGGGAGCCCCCGGCGCGGGAGACGUUCACACGCUCCCAGCGCCAGCUGUUCCCACCGCACCGGCCGAGGAGCCCCCCACAUCGGCCCCUCCGAGACCGGCGCCCAGCAAGCCCCUCAGGAAGGAGCUCUUGAAGAACAAGAUGGGCAAGUCUGAGAAGGCUCCCACUCCCUACUGCCAGCCUGUUCACAGCUUACAUCUCGGUGAACAGCCCAAGAGUAACAAACAGAAGAGCAAAUGUAACAUGCCACUCACAAAGAUCGCAUCUGUGAAAAAAGAUGAAAGUAACUUUUGGCAACUUUCUGUGUCACCUGAGACAAUUGAAAAGCAGGAGAAAAUGCCGCUUAAUAACACUGAGGACUUCAGAAACAUAAAAUCAAAGAAACCUGGUUCUCCAACUGAAGCAAACCAAAAAGAAAAUUAUGCUGGCGCAAAGUUUAGUGACCCGCCAUCUCCUAGUGUCCUUCCAAAGCCUCCCAGUCACUGGGUGGGAUGCACUGUUGAAUAUUCUGACCAAAAUAAGGAGCUGAUGGCAGUCCAUUUAAAAACUCUCCUAAAAGUUCAAGCAUAACUCGAGAUUUAUGGGUAGUUACAAAGAGGACUCCAUCCAGGAAAUUGAAACUUGCCUUGUUGCAACAUGAAGUAUAAAAGGACUGUCAAGUCUUAUAAUCACAAACUUUUGUAUUAUAUUUUUUAUGGCUGUGUAAAUAAUGUACAUCAUGUAAUAUGUGUAUAUUCUUGUUCAUACUUUGAGAGGUACAUUUUAGUUUUGUUAUGAAAGGAUGUAUUUUGCACUGCCCAAAUGGUAGGUGUUUUGUAUAUAAAAUAUGGACAGCUUUAAAUGUGUGCUUGACACUUGGAAAGACUUGACUAAUUUGCACGAGGUAAUGACAUUUUGAAAGGAGAAAACCGCUCUUUAAUCUCAAGAUUCAGAUUCAACUGUGAACAGCUUAAUACACUACUGAAAAGUUUUGCAAUCUGUGGCACAAUCCAUUGUAAACAUGGAGUUUUCAUCCAGAUGUGAAUUGUUGCUCUCUGCUCUGGCAAUAAUAUCUGGAAUUCUUGUUCAUCCCUUUUACCAAGCUAAUUUUGGAAUUUGAGUAAAGAAUCUAACCCAUCAACAUGAGCACUGCUUACUUCCUAAAAAGGAGGAGUAGAGCUUUUUUGCCAUAACUACAAUUGGUUACUAAAAAAAUAAAUAAAUAAAAAUAAUUUGGCCUCCCCUUAA